AUGAUUCGUAAACGAUUAAUCAAUUCAAAUUCCGAAGCCAAAACAGAAGAUGAGAAGAAAUCAGAGAAUCAGGCAAAUCUAGUUCAAGAAGAAAUCGAACAGAAUAUUGUGUACGGAUACGAUAGAAAGAGGAAAAGAAAACGGAAGGCUGAUUCGACGGAAAGUUCAUCUGAACACCCAGAAGGAUUGGAGAAGUUUGAUAACGAUGAAGACGUGGCAAUCAGUCCAACUGGAAAUCCGAUUGUUGAUCCCACAAAGAUCGAAACAGAAGAACUAGAGCAGGAAAUCGGAUCGAGAAACGUCUCCAGACCAAGCACCUACCGUCAACUUUCCCUUCUGCUGACUUGUGUGACUCUUUUAAAAAAUAAUUUGGUAUUCAUCGAAUGUUUUUUCAAUCAUGGGGGAAUAUACUUUCUGAUCCCCUAUUUUGUCAUAUUAUUCACUUUGGGAGUUCCCAUGGCAAUUUUCGAAUUGUCAUUAGCCCAGUUUUCUUCAAUUCCAAUGAACGGAAUGUAUACUCGAAUGGCACCAAUUCUAGGAGGAAUCCCUUAUUUGACCCUAACUCUUCGAUGUGUCUACACUGUCUACAUUGCAUUCGAUCCCCGUUUUCUGCUCUACGCCUACAAGUGUAUGACUACAGUAAUCACAGGAAAUGAUGAUUGGAUUCAUUGUGGUGAUUAUCAAGGAGUUCGAUGUUUCGAUCCGACCAUUUCUUGUAAAAUUAACGAGUGGCGGUUAAACGGAAAAUGCAUUGCAAACGUACAACUGGAUAAAUUGGAAAAGUAUAGCAAAAGAGUAAUAAGAAAGCUAACUGCAAAUUCCAGACAACACGAUUAUGGGCUCUUGACCUACUUUGGAUUUCGAGAACUUCGUUUGAUUAGUCAAAUACCUUCUCAAUUUUAUAAAGAAAUCAUUAGCUUGGACAUGAUGGAUAACAUUGUCGCUGCUUUGGCUUUUCUAUUAGUUGCCGGAUUGAUUACCUACAAAGGACAUCGUUUCUUUGCAUCUGUUUCCGGUUUUUUUGUAUUUCUUCCAAUACUGGGAAUGCUACCUGUCGUUAUUCUAUUCUAUUAUGACGUUGGGUCCGCGAAGAAAAACUUUUUCAAAGAAAUGAUCAAGAAUAACAACAUUAGUAAAAUCAUGGAAAAAUCGGCAUGGUUAAAUGCUGCAAGAGUGAGUGUAAAGACAGUUUACAUUGCUGAUGGAACAUUGAUGGCACUGGGUAGCAUGGCAGAUUUCAGACAUAACUUUGUGAAAGACGCCUUCCUUCUAGCAGCUUCUGGAGCAGCCUACCGUCUUUUGCUAUGUUUCGGACUUUUGCCGAUUUAUUAUGUUGGAAACGAUCUUUUAUAUCCAUUCGCCAAAAAUGUAUACGCAAAAGGAGAACUUGUUCAAUUUCAUGCCAUUGAAAUUUUCUUCUCGGCGCUUCCUUCUUAUUCAAUCCCCGGAGUUAGUUAUACUGUUCUCUUCUUUGCAUAUGCUCUAUUAUUUGGAACCAUCAAUUUCGCCUUUGUUGCUUAUCAGGUCAUCACAUUUGAAAUUCUCAUCAAUUUCUUGCAUCAUUUGUUCCCACGUCUUCUUUACUUGAAGCAAAAAGCAGUGAAAAUUUGUGUGAUUAUGGCUACAGUUACCUUCCUUCUCGCUCUUUACAUUUCUGGAUUACCAUACAAAAAAGGGAUUGUUGGAUACAGAACAGAAUUAGAACUAGAUGAUUAUGUGGUUGGAUUGGUUUCAACUUCAGUUUUCAUUCAAUUGGUUUCUGUUUCAAUUGUUUAUGGACACAAACGACUCAUUGUUAAUGUUUUGACAAUGCUGAAAAGUCAUCCAAAAACCUAUAGGUUUGUUGAAAGAAACCGAGUAGUUUUGUACCUAAUGUGGACCGUCCUAUUGCCUAUUUCUUGUUUGCUCUCAAUCAUGUCAAUUAUUGUCAAAAAGUAUCAGUACUAUCAUUGGCCAGUGGUUCUCUACGCAGCCAUCAGUGCUUUUCCGCUCAUUUAUAUGAUUAGACAGAUCGUAAUCUACCGUAUACGGAAUCAAGACUUCAGUGCGUUAUCACAAACGCAUCGUUGGCAGCCGGCAAAUGAAGGACAUGCGAGAGAGAUUGACCACGAUGAGAGAGCGUCAGGAGUUUUGAGUUGA